CACGACUUUUUGCGCCGGCUACCAAUCGAUAAGCGCGAAAUCUUGGCAUCGCGUGGGGGGCGGAUAUGACGCCAAAGCUUCUCGACUCAAGUUUCUCCGAAUGACAAGAUAGACGAGCUGCGUUGCUUGUUCGCGUAAUCAAUCAAAGUGCUUCAUCAUCCGCCAACACACCCACCUUAACACUCAUUCUCAACAACCAUCGAAGCCAGCCCUGAACAAGUACUCCAGCCCUGAACAAGUACUCCAGCCCUGAACAAGUACUCCAGCCACGGACAAGUACUCCAGCCCUAGGCAAGAUGAACGCCAGUGCGCCACUUAGAGCCGACGAGCCUGGCCCGGCAGCUCAAGACGCAUCCGCCACAGCACCAGCGGGCACAUGCACAGUCCAAACAAUCAGUACAGAGGAAGAGUUCUCGCAGCACACAUCGAACCUCCCACCGUCAUGCCUAACGGUCAUCUACUUCCACGCACCGUGGGCCGAGCCUUGCAAGCAGAUGAACACCAUCCUCUCAACCCUCGCCUCGACAUAUGCCUCGACAACUCCGCCAAAGAUAGGCUUCUACAGCAUCGACGCUGAGGAACUCAGCGACAUCAGCGAGCGAUACGACGUUACGCAAGUCCCCUUUGUGGCGCUGCAGAAGGAUGGGAAGGUACUCGAGACGAUCACCGGCACAGACGCGAGCAAAGUACGGAAUGCGGUCGAGAAGCACGCAGGGCGCCCAAGCGCUGGAGAUCCAGGGAAACUCGGCUUGCCACCGGCACAGAAAGUGACGAAAGCAGCGCCCUCACAACCACUUAACGACCCUUCAUCCAAGCCGGAGACGAAUGGCUCGAGUAACCUCUCGAAAUACGCACCUGAGGCAGGCGACCCGGCGACAGCACCUCAAUACAGCAGUGGUGAGGUGAACCCGGCAACGAAAGAUGAGCUCAACACACGAUUGUCAGAGCUUGUGAAGGCCGCGCCGGUCAUGUUGUUCAUGAAAGGCACACCAUCCGCGCCUCAAUGCGGCUUCAGCAGACAGACUGUCAGUCUACUUCGCGACAAGGGCGUCCGGUACGGCUUCUUUAACAUUCUCGCGGACGACGAGGUGAGGCAGGGUUUGAAGGAGUAUAGUGAUUGGCCUACAUUCCCGCAGGUGUAUGUCAGUGGAGAGCUGGUCGGUGGAUUGGAUAUUGUAAGUGGUUCUUCAUCUUUGUGGCCGAUGUUGGUACGAUGUACUGACUGGUUCUCUGCAGUUGAAGGAGGAGUUCGAUAAUGACCCAGAGUUCCUGAAGGAGUACUCGGUCCAUGCGCAAAAGGGCGGGCCGGCGGCGCCGGAGCAGCAGGCGCAGCCUCAACCUCAGCCGGCGUGAGCAACGCCUAAACAGUAUGGCUGCAUUCUGAAACGACCACGUAGCAUCUGCUGUUAUGUACGUCUACAAUGUUAGAACGCGGACUGUGUUGAAACGAAAAAUAUCCACCAACCCUCAGCAACCAAUCGUUCAGCUUGUAAACAGGUCAUUCCCACGUGAUCGUAAACGCCGAGGCAUGCUGAUCUCGACAACUCUCUUAGACUCAAGACGAAA